CAUUUUGGUGGUCAGAUGCCAGGGAUGCAGAUGCCAAUGGGACAGCUGGUGCCCGGGAUAGGUCCUCCCAUCCUCCUGGGUGGACACCCAGGGUACCCCGUCUAUUCUGACAGUUAUUCUUCCCCUAAUGAACCCAUGUGGACUUACUUCGCUGCUGUCGCUGGGCAGGCAUCGCUUACUGUUACUAGCUCGCUGCGUUGCUUUCCGCCUGUCUGUGACUGGCGUCUCGGGCUUGCCGCACAUCUCUGGGUCUCCGGUGUUCAGACUCUCACAGUGACGGAUCUGGUCGCGCUGUGCCUGACACGGCGGGCACUCCCAGCCAGGACACUCCUUUGCUCCUUCAGUUUGGAAACCUGCAGAAUUAUGAUUGCCAUGUUGGAUAGGGACUGCACAGGUAAAAUGGGAUUUAGUGAAUUCAAAGAACUGUGGGCAGUUCUGAGUGCUUGGCAGCUAAACUUCAUGACCAUUGAUCAAGACCGAAGUGGCACAGUGGAGCAUCAUGAAUUGAGUCAAGCCAUUGCAGCUAUGGGCUAUAGGUUAAGUCCUCAGACAUUAAGUGCUGUUGCUAAACGUUAUAGCAAGAAUGGCCGCAUCUUCUUUGAUGACUAUGUUGCUUCCUGUGUGCAGCUUCGAGCAUUGACAGAUUUCUUUAGGAGAAGAGACCACUUACAGCAAGGACUUGUGAAUUUCCUUUAUGACGAUUUUUUGCAGGGCACUAUGGCAAUUUGAAUGUCUAGAAUGUGAAAGCUAAGGAAAUACUGUGAAUUCUUCUGCAUGGGAGAACUGAACUGGAUUAUUAUGAAGGAAAACUCCGGGAUUUAUUCACAGUCCCACCUGUUAAAUCUCUUCUCUCGCUCUAUGUUUUCAUGUUAGCACACGGUCCAAGCAAU